AAAGAAGAAGUCUCGCUUCUUUAAUUUCCCUUAGCCAGUUUCCAGCUGUCAUAUUUAUGAUUCACUCCAGGUUCAGUAGUUAUCCUAACUGAUCGAUCAACCACUGUUCAGUGUUUGGAGCAUUUCUCCCCCAUUAUUUUUGUCUUGUCUCCCCGUCUCCACUCACUUUUCUUAUCCCCAGCCCCUUCUUCCUCCGAACAUCUUCCCUCCACCACCUGGGUUGAUUACCUUUCUCUCGUUCAAUUCUUUGUCGUCUUGGUUGGCGCAUUCUUUUCGCAGAGACUUGGAUCGAUUGUUCUUGGUUUAAUUUCUAUUUGAUUUCAAUUCACAAUGACCAGCGUGAAGGACGCAGUCAAGGAGUCCCUGGUCGGCAGCUCAUCGGAGCCUCAGCCGUCGCAGCAGAUCAAAAACAAUUUCCUGCGUCAUGCACGCAAAGAUGAGGCAUCAGGAGAUCUUUACAUGUCGGAAGAUGACUUCAUCAACGCCAUUGCCCCUAAGCAUGAGGACUAUCACAAGAUCAAACGCGAACACUAUGGCAUUCUAUUUCUAGUCGCCGAUAGACGGAGAACUGGGAAGCUCACUCUUGCUGAUUGGGCCACUUUCGAGAACCUCUUGGGCAAGCCCGACGCUGAGUACGAGAUCGCCUUUCGCCUCUUCGACACAGAAGGAACUGGCUCUGUGAAGUGGGAAAACUUUCAGCAACUGUACAACCUGAACAAGACUAGCGACAGCAUACCUUUCGAUUGGAACUCAGAAUGGGCCUCCCUUUACACUGGACGCAAAAAGACUCGCCAUGAUAUGACAUACCCUCAAUUCGCCCAGAUGCUUCGUGGUCUGCAGGGCGAGCGCAUCCGACAGGCUUUCCACGUGUUCGACAAGGACGGUGAUGGUUACAUUGAGCCUGAGGACUUCCAGCGUAUCAUCCUCGAAACUUCGAAACACAAGCUGUCCGACUAUGUCCUCGAGAACCUCCCCAGUCUGUGCAACAUCUCUACUGGCACAAAGAUUUCCUAUGCUACCGUCCGUGCGUUCCAGAAUAUCAUGCGUGAAAUGGACAUGAUUGAUGUCAUUGUCCGUGAAGCGACCAAGAAGAGUACUGACGGCAAAAUAACGCGCGCUGAUUUCUUGAAUGAAGCUGCCCGUGUUACUCGCUUUUCUCUCUUUACUCCUAUGGAGGCUGAUAUAUUGUUCCACUUCGCUGGGCUGGAUGCGCCUUCAGGACGGCUUUCUCAGAAAGACUUUGCCAAGGUCAUUGAUGCUUCAUGGCGCACCCCCUUCGUGGUUGCUGGACAGGCGGCAGCAGUCGCAUCGGACAAGGCUCACCAGGUCGCCGACAAGACCAAGUCGGUGCUUUAUAGUGUGCUUGAAUCUGUGCACCAUUUUGCCCUUGGCAGUCUUGCUGGUGCCUUUGGUGCCUUCAUGGUUUACCCCAUCGACCUGGUCAAGACCCGCAUGCAGAACCAGCGAUCAACCCGUGUUGGAGAGAGAUUGUACAACAACUCGCUCGACUGUGCUAGAAAGGUGAUUCGGAACGAGGGAUUUCUCGGCCUGUACUCUGGUGUCAUCCCUCAAUUGAUCGGUGUUGCUCCUGAGAAGGCUAUCAAGCUCACAGUGAACGACCUCGUUCGUGGUCACUUCACCAACAAGGAGAAUGGAAAGAUUUGGACCGGCCACGAGGUCCUGGCCGGUGGUACUGCAGGAGCUUGUCAAGUUAUCUUCACCAACCCCCUAGAGAUCGUCAAGAUUCGUCUUCAGGUUCAGGGUGAGAUUGCCAAGUCCGUUGAGGGUGCCCCGCGUCGCUCUGCCCUCUGGAUCGUGAAGAACCUGGGUUUGGUUGGUCUGUACAAGGGUGCAAGUGCUUGCUUGCUCCGUGAUGUUCCCUUCUCCGCAAUCUACUUCCCAACAUACGCACAUCUCAAGUCGGACUUCUUUGGAGAAUCUGCCACCAACAAGCUUGGUGUUGUGCAAUUGCUGACUGCAGGUGCCAUUGCUGGUAUGCCAGCUGCUUACCUCACCACGCCUUGCGACGUUAUCAAGACCCGCUUGCAGGUUGAAGCCCGCAAGGGCGAAGUCGGAUACACCGGCCUUCGUCAUUGUGCUGCCACCGUCUGGAAGGAAGAAGGUUUCAAGGCUUUCUUCAAGGGUGGCCCGGCCCGUAUCCUCCGUUCGUCCCCGCAGUUCGGUUUCACAUUGGCUGCAUACGAAGUCCUUCAAAAAAUGCUUCCCAUGCCCGGAGGCCACGAUGAAGUCUCUCCCUCUGGACAUGUUGAACCCGGUGUUGGCCUGCAAUCUGCCAAGGCGCCGCUCCCUUACCUCAGAUCCAGAAACGCUCUGAAGCUUAUCCUGGACCUUGACGAGAACAUUGGCCGCGUUCGGGUCCCCUCUGCAGAACGCUGGCCCAAGUUUCUGCAACCAUCCCAGCCCUAGACACGCACGACCACCUUUGUUUUCAUAGCGAUGUUUUUUUUUUCCUAUUUCCUCCUUUGCCCUGAAUGAAAAUAGUGAUUGAUUUUAUCUCGUCAUAGCCCAUUUCCCCCCUUCACUGGAUUCUCUCUUGGCCCGAUUGAAACCAAGACCUACUUCUUGUUUUCUUUCCUCAAGUCAUAUGGUCCACACUAUCACAUGUAACAAAAGCAGAUACACUCGAGCCGAGACUCUUGUUGCUAGACCGCUGAUUGGGUAUCUAGACUUGAUCCUUAUUGACCUUGCAGUUCUUCAGUGAUUUUGCAUCUGGUGUCUCUUUCUCCUUUCACAUACAGAAAUGGGCGUCACUUCUCGGUGUACAGGUACCUGAUUAUUCAAGCCUUUGUGAGCAGCUAGAUCAACUAGAUGUUUUGAAUAUACAUUGUAUUCAUCCCGG